GAAUUGAUGAAUGACUGACUUUUGUUAUAUCGAAGCAUGCUGUAAAGCCAUUUUUUAUAAUAGCCUAUCUGUUAGAAAAUGUAAUACGGCGAUUGUGAAGAAUCAGCAUUCUGGUGUGGCAGCCCCCCAACCCCCUGACUUCCCCAUUGGUGAAGCCUUCUAAAAAAACGGAAGCAGGCGCUACCAUUUUGAAACACUGCACUGCUUAGCUCCACUAUGGACAAGAGCAACACGGUGAAGCUCUUCGUGGGCAACCUGGCUCUAGAUACCACCCAGGAGGAGCUAUCGGCCAUCUUUGAGGCGUACGGCCAGGUGGUCAGUUGCAGCGUUCUCCGACAGUUCGCCUUCGUACACCUACAGGGUGAGGGUGCUGCGGAGCGGGCCAUCAGGGAGCUGAACGGCAGGGAGUUCCGGGGGAGGAACCUGGUGGUGGAGGAGUCCCGGGGCAGACCGCUCCACUCCACCAAGGUGUUUGUGGGGAACCUGUCAGGCAUGUGCACCACCGAGGACCUCCAGGAGCUCUUCCAGACCUUUGGUAAAGUGCUGGAGUGCGACAAAGUCAAAGCCAGGCUCUCCUCUUCUGCAGGCUACGCCUUCGUGCACAUGGAGAACAAGGAGGAGGCUCUUCAGGCCAUCGAGGCCCUCCACGGCACCUCCUUCAAAGGACGCCCGCUCUCCGUGGAGCUCUCCAAGGUGCAGCCCUCCAAGCAGACCCCGACGGGGAAGAUCCCCUGUGUGAGCUGUGGGAAGCAGGGCCACUAUGCCGGGGAGUGCCCUGUAGGGAAGUCCUCUCUGGAACAGUACCAGAGCCAGGCGGCUGUGUUAGCUGCAGCUGCCGCCGCCGCCGCCGGCCUGCCCCUCCAGGUCCAGCAAAGCGUCCACAACUCUGUCUACAACACCUCGACCUUUGACCCCACCUACGCGGCGUUGACGGGCCUCACCACCGGCACGCGGGCGGAAGGAAACCCCGUCAACCAGGCAGUGUAUGGUGCCCUGGCGACGCAGGUCUACGGCGCUAACGUGGCCAAUCAGCUCUAUGGGGUCCAGGCAGCCAAUCAGGCGGCAGCGUUGACGCAGGCGGGCGCCACGCAGGUGUACGCCAGCUCCAUGAACCCCAGCCACGCCGCUCUCUACGGUCAGCUCAGUCAGAUUGCCGCCAGCCCCGCUGCAGCAUCCGCUGCCGCCGCCUACUCCACACCAGUUUACGCGCAUGCCAUGGCUAACCACCACCACCCGGGGGCCAUCUACCUGGCUGCACCUGGCGUAGAGAUGCCUGCGGCCGCCGCGGCAGUCAACCAGGCCUACGCCAUGGCGCCGGCACUCUAUGGGGGCGCCCAGCAUGCCUACGGCCACUUGGGGAUGGGUGCCGCCAUGAGCGCAUCGGCGGACCCGUCGGCGGCCAUCUUUGAAGCGGCGAGGGUUCAGCACUACUUCGCCCAGGGACAGCAGGUUCUGGCCGAGCAGCAGAACGCGGCGGCAGUGGCUGCGGCACAAGCGGCAAAGUCUGGAGAGCGGGACCGGAGUCCCCUGAGGCGCUCUGCGGGGUCCCUGCUGCCCGAUCCCGUCAUGAAGCCCUUCAUCUACCAGAGAGCCCCCAAGCAGCGCCGGCCGUUGCUCCCCACCCCCGCCGGGCGAGCUGCAGAGGAAGCAGCGGAGGCUGGAGAGGACCCCAUGGCUAGAGAGCAGUGCCAACAGUACGCUGAAUACAACCACCAACAGUACCAGCAGCUCCAGCACUUACAAGAGCAGUAUCAACAGUAUGCUGAGUACUACCACCAGCAGCACCAACAGCACCAGCAGCUCCAGCAGCUACAGUACUAUGCAGAGUACUACCAGCAGUACCAGCAGUACCAGCAACUCCAGCAGUACCAGCAACUCCAACAGUACCAGCAACUCCAACAGCUCCAGUACGCCUACCCGCCUCCCAACCACCACGCCAUGGCUGCCAUCCCUGCCCACGCCAUGGCGGGCCACGCCCACCACCACGGCCAACCGGCCCACGUCACGGCGCUGGACGCCGCCCUCAGGCCAGUGGUGCCCGCCUCCGCCGUGGCCGCCGCCAUGGUGGCAGCGCCCAGAGUGUAUGAGCCGCCGCUGCCGCCGCCACCGAACCGCAAGGAGGCCGUCCUCCGCCGAGCCCCCGAACUCUCCCUUCACACGCCUGAGCCCCCCUUCAGAUAGUCACCUCCCUCGUACCCCUCCUUUGUUUCCCCCCCCCGCCUACCACUCUAUACCACCCUCGUACCCCUCCUCACUCUCAGCGGCUGUGUGUGUCUGUGUAUAUCUGUGUGUGUGGGUAUAUGUGUGUGUACUGUGGCGGUGGGGAUUUGUGUGUGUGAGAGUGUGUUUGGAGUUUAUGAGUUGUCCUUUGACUACAGUAAAAACCCAACCCCAACUUGGUCCUGGUACCACACUAACAGUGCAGUUAAAGAAGGGGAGACAUUCUGUCAUCUUACCACCACACAAUGUUUAGCUAUUGACUCUCUCAAUGGUAGACAGGUGCCAGUAGCAGACAGUCAAUGCCUUCAACAUAGAGAUGAGGUCAAAAAUAUCACAACUGAUUCUUGUACUGUCUGCGCUGUGGUGUGUUGCGUAGCUCCAGGGUUGGAGGGGUCUGUGUGUCUUGUACGUGUCGGGACUGUGGUGCGAGUGUGUGUGUGGGAAUGGGAGAGUGAUGUUGGCUUUCUGUUGUUACGAUGUAAUACACACACUCCCACACGUGCUGCCUUGUUCCCUCAUGAGCUCACCCCGGGGAGAUUCGAGGAACAUAGGCACACUGUACUAUAUGAAACUACCCUCUACCUCUCCAACCCCCUCCUUCCCUCACACCGCUGUAACCCCAACACUGAAAGACACUGCUGCAUUUCUGCCCUUAUUUACUCUGUCUAUACCUUAGCCUGGGUAAACCAAAUGAGAUGCCGGGAUCACCACGGGAACAGUAGAGGGUUUAACAUUCAGUCUCUCUAUACCUACCUCUGACAAUGAGAGCACUGAGGUUAGCUGGUUAGAAUAUGAAUGGUCUGCCUUCUAUCCAUAUCAGCCAGUGUCAGUUGCAGGCUUGGGGGUCCAUUUCAAUCAAAUCAGCUUAAUUUAAAAUGGAAUUGACCCCAUCCCUGGUCAAUAGUUUGGAGAAAAAUGACACGUUUUAGGGACAAGGUUUUCUAUGUACUGUACUACUAGAGUCUUACUGCAUCAGUGCAUCUUGAGAGGCCUUUUAAAGUAUGAAAUAUUUUAGUUGAGUUUUUUUGUAAUGUAAGUGGUUGUCGGGUCGAUGAAGAGUACAUUCUAACCCCUCAGAUCAAGUAUGAAUUAUUUUAUGGAUUUAUAAGUAAGUUAACUUUUUAGACUUGCUAGAGAAUCAUGAGUGUCAAUGAGGUUUAAAGGAAAACUCCACCCAAAAACUAUAUUUUGGUGUUUGUUUCAUGAAUCCAUUUUCAACGAAGUGUAACUUUCAAAAUACAGGUCAUCCCUGUAUGAUCCAUUUAGCAUCAUAUGAUGCGGCGUUUUGAAAGUUACAUAUCUCGAUUGCUGACAAGCAAAACAUUUUGGGACUAUGUCAACAGCGGACUAAUGAAACAAACACCAACCUAUUGUUUUUGGGUGGGAAUUUCCCUUUAGCGGUGUGCCUAAGCUUUGUGUGAAGUGCGUAUAGCGGAGGGAAGAUCUCCUUUUUAAAGGGCUUUUUUCCCCCCUUUACAUGUCAGUCUUUUUAAUCUGCGAUGGAGGGGACAGGGGUAAUGUGGUGCGGUAACGUUCACACCGAUGAUAUGGUGAUGAGAGAUGGAGCAGUAUCUUUCAGUCUCCCUGUUCCGACGUAUCCUUGCACCCCGCUGUAAGACGACUCACUACCCCCGUACCCCGCUGUGUCCUUCCUCUUCUCCCUGUGAUUUUAGUGAUUUACUAUUUUAUCUUGCAUAUAAUCUCUCUGUCUCACAUACACACACACACACACACCGAGUUUCAUCUGUGGGAUCUCGACGAUCAGGAAAAAAACCCACCCUUUCUUGUUAUGCUUGUUGCUUGCCUUGUUUCUGACCGUAUUUUUAGAACUAUUUAAAAUAUUUCUUUUUUUUUUAACAAAAAGAUAAAAGGCAUGCUUUUUAAUAUGUAUACUACACAUACCCAGCAUUUAAACAAUAAAGAAUGUUUCUGACUACUGUGAGGAAAAGAAAAAAACGCGUUUCGGAUGUUUCUCCCGUUCUUGUUUUUCCGUCUUUUUCCGUCUUUUUUACUCCUUCCCAUCUCUCCUUCCUUGUUGUAAUGACCAGACACAUAUGACUGGGGACCAGGGUGGCAGAGACAAGGAGGAGUAGCAACCCCUUAGUCUGCCUCGUGGAUGGGGUAAGUCUGGUCUGGGGUCAGCGCUCCUCUCUCCAGCCUCACCCAAACUCUAGGCCUAUAGCGCAGUCAGACAGACACUGGGUGCCAAUAAUAUAUAUUUUCUCCUCAACUGUGCACUUGUUCACAUCCCUUUACUGUUGCGAGAGGAAAUUAGGAUGUUUUUAUGGUGCCAACUCCUAGGCCAGAUGUAUUCAACUCUGACCCUACGAGGUCCGGAUCCUGCUUGUGUUCUAUUCUACCUGAUCAUUAAUUGCACCCGCCUGGUGUCCCAGGUCUAAAUCAGGCUUUGACAUCCAGAGUUGAGUUUGAGGGUUCUAGGCCAUGUCUCUGCUAAUGAACAAGUGUAUACUUCAGGAGGAAAGAGACCUGGGACAUAACCCCUCGCAGGUACAUCAACAAGGCAUCUACCAUGCUGUUACCAUGCUGUUACCAUGCGCUCAUGUCUGAAAACAGCUUCCGUCACCUCUGAUCUUUUUGAUUUCCACUUCGUGCCAAACUAGUGUCGAUUUCAUGCCAUUUUAAUUGCAGAUUCACUGUUGAGUAGAGUGGCGCGCAAUACUUGCUUGCAGAUGACUCCUUGUUUUAACAAUGGGUGGACAAACACAAACAUCAGAGACCUGGGGAGAGGCACACAGAUAGAAUGACGGGGGGGGGGGGGGGGGGGGGGGGGGGGGGGGGUGCUGUGUGUCUGCUCCUACCCAACAACAUCACCACCAACACCAUGUGUCUGUCUCUGCUGUGUUGGAUGUGCAUGUCACUCUGCUCUCUGUCCAAAGCCCCGUACAUACUGACCUACUAUUCCAACUGAAAUAGGUACCGGCCGCCCAGACACCACCCAGCAGGUGUGAGGUGAGAGGGGGAAGACAAUAAACGUCGCGCAGGCAAAUGGGAAGUGGGAACUCAAUCUUCUCCACCAAGGUAAUGAAACAGCACUGUCCCCCUCUCUGACUGUGCCUUGACCGAAACACCCCUCCCCCCUCCUCGUCCGCCAUCACCACCCCCACCCCCCCUCUGUAGCUCCCCUCUCACCUGCGUUGACAUUGCCCGGGGGGCUUCUUUUGGGGGUCACUGCUCACGCUGUGAUGUCUUCUACCAGACUUCCAGUGACUUGUCCUGUCUCUCACCAUGCAGCACCUACAGUGACUGGGCUGUCAGUCUCUCUCUGUCGUGCUGAUGUGUGUCUGAGAGAGACUGUGUGUGUGUGACUGACUGUGACUACAUGUUUGAGAGCCAGAGACCGUGUGUGUAGUUUAAAGUGAGUGAGUGUGUCACUGAAUCUCCGUGUCUGAGAGAGUGUGUGUGUGUGUGAUGUCGUUGGUGUUUUGAGGCUUGGUACAUGUGGAUCCCCCGCCCCCGCUAGUGACUCCUACACCGCCGUAUUCGCCGCCCCUCCCCCCAACCCAUCCCCCUCUGCGCCUGUCCGCCGUACACAGCUUGCUGCCGCCGCCGCCUGCCGCCAUCUUGGAUCUAGGCUGGGCUCUGUGGAUCAGCAGCCCCCGACUGGCCACACCCACCCCUGGCUAUGGCUGUAACCAUAGAGACCUAGUGAAUGACAAUGGACACCGUGUAUGGUGGCCUAGUGGGGUCACACGGCUGGACAGAGUAUAAACUCAUCAGAGACUUUGUAGGGCGAGAGUUUUUUUGCUUUGCUAAAACUGUGAUGCUGGGUUUGCCAUGGCUGUGUAUGGGAGUUUAAUCACUAUUCACCACCUCCUUGCAGUUGAAUGACUCAAGUCAAACUUAUCUAAUUAAAUCCGAUAAAGUGACCUUGCUCUGGAGGAUAACAUUUGGAAUAGGUUUUUUAACAGCGAGUUCCCUAUGGCCCUCUCGCCCUAUCAAAAACGUCCUAUAAGACAGACCGGCCCAGUAAGGGCCCAACUACCUGCAGAUUCACUGUAAUCUCAGGACUCCUAUAGGACUUCUUUGGUAUGGGGACUAUUUCUCUCCUCGAGGUAGCUGCUGUCCCUACACCAACCCGCUGUACCUGUGGGUUUCAAUGCGUAUCUCUGAAUCUCCUCCUGUUGAGAUGAUUGAAUACAUACACACCCACUCAUCUGAGGUGUCCGGCAUGUGGUCUGAACAGCUGAGUAGUGCGUUGCCGGUGGGGGGCAGAGACGAGAGUCUCCACCUCUGUCUUAUGGAUGAAGUUAAGGAAAGGAUGGAUGGAUGGAAGGAAGUAGAGUUGGUAAUGUAGGGAUCUCCAGCUCUGAUCCAUCCCUGUUCCCUAACUCUUCUAUCCUGACCAUGGGGGGCCCUACACGAAAGUCAUAAACACUGGUGCUGCACAAAAUAAACUGAGUAGUCUACCACUGCACCAGAUGGUUUUUAAUGCGUUUUGGGGGGUAAUCUAUACAAAUCCCCCCGUAAGGUUCACCAAAAUACAACUGAUUCUUUGAUCUCCAUGAUCAGGAUGUGAUGCUCUUUCCCACACAGUCACCUCUGACUCUGACCUGGAUGUGUGGAGUCUGAUUCUCUGGUGUUUGAGUAAAUGUAGCCAGCCAAGAAGUUCUCCUGGUCUGCUCCCUAUUGUCUCACACUGACUGACAACCUCAUGGCUGCUCCCUCUCUCUUCACAGCACAGGACAGGGAAGCCAUCAAUGCUGCCUUACACAUAGACACACACUCAAAGUAUACCAUGUCUCCAAUACCAAUCCCAUGGUUUUAAAUCCUCACGGAGUGAACGAGUGCACAUUUCAAAGGGAGGGGACAGAAUUGGAAUUGGGCCACAGUUUUGCGCCCUGGGUCGACACCCAAGUCUACUGUCGUUCACACUUAAUAACGUUGUUGCCUAAAGGCUACCUAGUCACAUCAAAUAUUAUAUUCUCACAAUCAAGAACUUACUUGUAACUAUGCUGUAACUAAGUUGACUUAAUUGAGAAUCUGGGCCCAGUCAAGUGUAGUUACAGUGUAAUGGUGUGUGAUUACAUGUGGUUAGGGAAGAAGCUAUAUAUAGACUUACAGUAUAAAGGCAGCUUGAUGUAGUGCUAGCUCGUAUUGUUAUCUAAUACCUAUGAUCUUACUCUGAGGCCUUUCAUUUCUCUUGGUGUUGGAGGAGACAUUUUUAGGGAGAAAGAGCAUCUUUGUACACCAACCUGGAUUGUUCUGGCGAUGUUUUCCAAUGGAUCGAUGUUGAGUCAUGUAUUACUUUAAGCACAUUUAUAGGAAAAACUAAAACAAAGAAUCAGCAUGCUUGACGGAGAUGAAGGGGGACAUUUCCACGGUGCAAAAUUGUUCACAUCUGUCAAAAGAAAAACCCUAAAACACAUUAUAAUCUGGCAGUGUGAUUUUAAUUUGACAUUGUUCUUCAAUGUGCAUAAACUAGUUUACUAUACUAAGCAAGGCAUGAACAGUGGCCUUUUUAUAACGCACAUUGCUGAAUAAGUGUCCAAUUAAAUCACACUUCCAGAUGAUGAGUUUUAAAGGAUUUUUGCACCAUGAAAAUGUUUCCCAUAAUGUAUGACUAAUGAAUAACCCCAAUUGACUAUAAUGUAUACUCCCUUUCUCCUUGCCUUGCUUAUGUCUUGAGGCACUGUACCGUCUGCAUGGCAUUCCCAAAUAAAUGAGUUUUUGAAAUAAACGUCAUGUUUUAUUCU